AUGCCUUUGUUUCUGAAGAGCGGAUUUUUGUUGGUGCUUUGCUGGAUUAUCGUGAGGAGCUCCCCAACGCCAGGAUCUGAGGGGCACAGUUCGGUAACUGAUUGCCCAUCCUGUGCCCUUGCCACGCUCUCAAAGGAUGUGCCCAGCUCCCAGCCUGAGAUGGUGGAAGCUGUAAAGAAGCACAUAUUGAACAUGUUGCACUUGAGGGACAGACCGAACAUCACUCAGCCGGUGCCCAAAGCUGCACUUUUAAAUGCUAUCAAGAAACUCCAUGUGGGAAAAGUGAGAGAGGAUGGCUAUGUGGAAAUAGAGGAUGACAUUGGAAGAAGAACAGAAAUGAAUGAACUUGUGGAGCAAACUUCAGAGAUCAUAACAUUUGCAGAAUCAGGUCCUGCCAAGAAAAUGCUGCAUUUUGAAAUUUCCAAGGAAGGGAGUGAGCUAUCAGUGGUGGCCCAAGCUGAUGUGUGGCUCUUCCUAAAAGUCUCUAAAGCCAACAGGACUAGGACAAAAGUAACCAUCCGGCUAUACCAGCAGCAGAAACUGUCAAAGCGCAAUUCCCAAGGAAUGGAAGAUGAUGGAGGGAUGAGGGGAGAAAAAGGUGAAAUGCUUAUCUCUGAAAAGGCAGUCGACACUCGCAAAAGUACCUGGCACAUCUUUCCAGUUUCUAGCAGUGUUCAACGCCUUCUGGAUCAGGGAAAGAAUUCCCUGGAUGUGCGGAUUGCUUGUGAUCAGUGUCAAGAAACUGGAGCCAGCUUGGUGUUGCUGGGUAAGAGGAAAAAAAAGGAAGAAGACGUAGAAGGGAGGGAGAAGGAAGGUGGUGAAAAUACAGGAGACGAGGAGAAGGAACAAUCACAUAGGCCCUUCCUGAUGAUGCUAGCCAGACAUUCAGAGGAUCGCCAGCACAGACGGCGGAGGCGGGGUCUUGAGUGCGAUGGCAAAGUCAACAUCUGCUGCAAGAAGCACUUCUAUGUCAGCUUCAAAGACAUUGGCUGGAAUGACUGGAUCAUUGCCCCACCAGGAUACCAUGCCAACUACUGUGAAGGAGACUGCCCCACCCAUAUUGCGGGGACAUCUGGAUCAACCCUUUCUUUCCACUCCACAGUUAUCAACCACUACCGCAUGAGAGGCCACAGUCCCAUCUCCAACCUCAAGUCAUGUUGUGUACCAACCAAGCUACGGCCCAUGUCUAUGCUCUAUUAUGACGAUGGGCAGAACAUCAUCAAAAAGGACAUACAGAACAUGAUAGUGGAAGAAUGUGGGUGCUCAUAG